AUGGCCCAAUUGCAUAAACUUGGCCUCCACAGCCCCAGCAAGCUUUCUAAGAGCUUUGCCGUCAAAAAAGUUGGCGAAAAUAAGUACCAGGGUGUUGUACCCCUAAGUAAGCCCUCUGCCACCAGCCGGGGAGUUUUUGGGGGCAAUCUCUGCGCCCAGGCAGUGGUAGCUGCUAUGGAACAUACUCCUGGGUUUGUGCCCCAUUCGUUGCAUUCCUACUUCGUCAAAGCAGGAGACGACCAGUCACCGUGCGAGUUCGAAGUGGAGACCGUCAGCGACGGAAACAAUUUCGCCAACAGGCUCGUUCGUGUGGUGCAAAAGCUGGAGCUCAAGUAUAUGGUGAUGAUCAGUCUCACCAAGAAGAACUCGAUGGCCAGUGCCCGUCACAACUUCAAAGCUGGUAAGAGUCCUCACCCAGUAGAGUACCAGGUGCCAGCGUCGUCGUCGUUCUACAAGUACAACCAUCGCGAUCUCCCGGUGCAUACUACCUACGACCACGGAGGCAUGCUCCAACACAAGUUUCCUCCCGACUUUCUAGACCACUCAUUGAGCCAUGGCGAGCACGAGAAGAGCCCGGGCGAACGUGACUUCUCGUUCUGGAUCAGAAUCGGAGACGAAGGCUCCAAGGGCGUAGGCGAGAGCAAAUUCAAGUACGCUGGCUUCGGGAUGAUUUCCGAUUCCUUGUUCUUGACAUCGCUAGCCAGAACGUUGCGGUUGCCGCUCGUGGAUGGAUCAAACGACGCUGCAAGUAUGGGUCCGACUGCGAUCAAGAGCAGCGGUGGAAAAGGCCCAUACUUCUUCUCGGUGUCGCUCGACCACUCGGUGUUUUUCCACGACGACGACUUCGAUCCCCACGAGUGGAUCUAUGCUUCUUUCAAGGCUCCACGGUUGUGCAACAACAGGGUGUUGUUCCAGGGGUCGUAUUUCGACACCAAGGGUCGUCUUUUUGCCAGCAUAGUGCAGGAGGGCUUGGUGUUCUUUGACGAGGGAAAUGCUCGCAAAGCUAAAUUGUAA